GAGUUACAGGCGCCAAUACGGAGAUUUCAGAAAAUGUGAUAUGAAGGUAUCACAAGUUCACAUAUUGAAUCAAGUCGAAUUGUCUCAUUAGAUAGACAUGUCUCAACGGGCCAGACUGGCAGCGCCGGGUCCUCCGAUGCCCGGAGUCGGGGUCGCGCGGACGCCGACCGGGAUUACCUAAAGAGGCAAUCAUACUCACAGAGACAAUCAUUCGACAACGCCGAGCGGAUGAGGCUAUUGUGCGGGAUCCAUCGGCAGCGUCUUUUAUCAUUAAUCGAAUGAGACGAGGAGCCGUUCAUGAGAAGAGCAUUGAGCCGCUGAGAGUAUUAUAUAUUACCUUGCUCCUCCCACGUCGUUAUCGAAUGCUUGCAUCCCAGUAUUGCCAGAGCUGUUUUAUGUCACGUUGUUACAUCACUGACUUAGACGUACGUGUGUUCCACGAUUUCAGUAAAGUCAUAUCUGGGUCCAUCGUUCAAAAGGACGACUUUGAAAUAGAGAAAGAAUGGCGUUGGCAGAUAAACUAGACGUUCGUCGCAUCGCCAUCAUUGGUGCUGGCCCAAGUGGCCUCGCAGCGGCCAGGUAAUCACUGAUACCACUUACACAUCCAGCCCGGUCACUGACCCUUACUCUAGAUACCUUCUUGCAGAGAAAAACUUCUCCAAAAUCCGAGUCUUCGAGCAACGUGCCACACCAGGAGGUGUUUGGAACUAUACACCCCUAGCCCGAGAACAAGGCUUUUCAGUUCCACGAACCCAGCCUAGUUUCACCCCAGAUCAAGCCCUAUGGCCUAACGACAAUGGCGAUGUUGAGUUCAUGUCACCCAUCUACGACCUCCUUGAGACAAACAUUCCUCAUUCUCUCAUGAGAUACUCUGAUAAGGAGUUUCCUCAAGGCUCAUCACUGUUCCCCCGACAUAGCGUUGUGCUACAGUACCUUAAGGAAUAUGCCCAGGAAAUCAACCCUCACAUCUCAUACCAGACACAGGUGCUGAAUAUUGAGAAACCUGAUCCAAGCCGUUCUCAACCUUGGACAGUUGAGGUGCUCGAUCUCAAAGCCAAUAAGGUCAUCAAAGAUGAGUAUGACGCUGUUGUAGUGGCGAGUGGUCACUACAAUGAUCCAUUCAUCCCCGAUAUUCCUGGCCUCGUCGAUUUUGACAAGGCAUACCCAGGGGCUAUAUCACAUUCCAAGUUCUAUCGACGCCCGAAUGACUUCAAAGAUAAGAAAGUCAUUGUUGUCGGAAACUCUGCCUCUGGAGUCGACGUGAGCGCACAACUCUCUACUGUUGCAAAGCAGCCCAUCUUUGUCUCUGAAAAGGAGAAGCCCACCGUGAUACCACCCGCCAAAGAGCCAUGGGCAGCUGGCGUUCCCGAGAUUGUCGAGUUUCUCCCUUCUCAGCGUGGUGUUCGCUUCGCCAACGGCCAGAUCGAGAACGACAUUGAUGCUGUCAUAUUCUGCACUGGUUUCCACUACUCGUACCCCUUCUUGAAGUCUCUUGACCCAACUGUCGUUGUACCCAGUGGAGGCCAUGCGGCACAUCUCUGGGAGCAAAUUCUCUACACCGCGGAUCCUACUUUGUCAUUUCUCAGUGUUCCACAGCGAAUUGUUCCAUUCCCUAUUGCUGAAGCCCAGAGUGCACUAAUUGCUCGCAUCUGGUCUGGGCGCCUGAGCCCCCCUUCAGAAGCUGCUAUGGAAGCCUGGGUACAGGAGCAACACGAAAAGAAAGGAGAAGGCAAGGCAAUUCAUGUCAUGGCGUUCCCAGAAGAUGUCGACUACAUCAACCGUUUGUACGAACUGAGCAAAACCGCGACCAAGGCCCCGGAGCUCGGCCUCGAGAAUGAUGGCGAGGGCAAGAGACCGCCUUACUGGGGACUAGAUAAGCGAUGGGUGAGGGAGAGAGUACCUAAAAUCAAGUUGGCGAGCAGAGCAGCGGGUGAUAAGAGACAUGAAUUGAGGACAUUGGAAGAUCUCGGAUUUGAUUAUGAGGAGUGGAAGAGGACGGUCGAAGAGGGGGAGAAGUUAUUUUAGACUCGAUCCCGUGAAUUUCUUGACUCUGAUUGAAAUCGCUCGAAUCAGCCCAAGCUUAGCCCAAGUCGUCGUGGUAAUAGUCUUCGUUAUGAGCUCCCCAAAUCAUUGACUAAUCUCAUCAAUGAUACAGUUUGGAGCCAUGACAACAUUGCGUGGAUCUACACAAUUCACAUGCUAACGCAUCGAUAUUGUUUAAAACAAGUUCAUUGGCAGCAGUCUAAUUACAAACGCUCGUAUGUUUAAUAUCCAAUAAUAAGUGCUCAUAUACCAAAAAGCAGUUUCGUUUCAUGACUGCGGGUAUGUUGAAAUAUCCUUAAUAACACAAUAACAACAUGAAACGCCGUUUUCAGUUGUCCGUCGUCUUUUCGUUACCUGUCGUGACACCCUCUGCGGCAUCGACCUCCUCCUUCUCAUCAUCGCGUCGCUUCAGUGAUUUGAGACCUGUUUUGUGCUCCUUAUGCUCCUUACUGAGGUUGACUUGCUUGAUCAUCAGACUGAUGAUGAGCGACAGGCCUGCAAAGCAUGCAUAGACGAUGUACAUUGUUUGCAGACUCUUCCAGAAUGCUGUCUUGGCAACCCUACCAUCGUGGCCUGUCAGGGAGCCAACGAGCUCGACGCUGCCUGCUGCAUUGGAACCGGAGAGUCUAUCUGCGAGUUCGGAACCGAGUUCUUCCUUCAGUCUGGGAUACUGGCUCUCCAUCUUGUUGUUGAAAAUGACACCUCCUACCACAACGGAGAUUGAUGUGCCCAAUUGACGGAUGAAGGAGAAGCAUGAGGUUGCAGAACCAAUGUCUCGAGGCUCAACAUUCGUCUGGAGUGCAAUCAGAGGAGCCUGGAAGUUAGGACCAAUACCGAUUCCGGCGACGAUCUGGAAAAUGAUGAUCUUCGCCCAGUUGGCGCGCGGUUCAAGGUUGAUAAAAAGACCGAAGCCAAUGACAGUAAUGAUCAAGCCCAAAACGAUAACGAGCUUGUAAUUGCCUGUCUUCUUGAUGUAGAUUCCAGCCCCAGCCGACACAAACGACAGGGAGAGCACAUAUGGAAGCAGAUAAACACCAGAGAGCAACGAAGAUGCGCCGAGGACUCCCUGGUAGUAGAGUGGAAGCCAGUAACUGCCUGACAUGAAAACAAAUGCGUGAGUGAAACCAACUCCAUAAGAUGCAACACUGUUUUGCGUGUGAAAGAGACGAAUAGGGAGAACGGGAAACUUGGCGACUUUCCACUCGUAUACGAGGAACAGACCAACGACAAAGAUGCCAAAGACGAUGAGACAAAUCGUCGUAGCGGAGUCCCAGGGGAAAGAAACACCACCAAGCUCAAGUCCGAGCAACCACAUAAUGGUACCGCCAAUGAUGAGGAUACUGCCAGGCCAGUCCAACGCCAAUAGACCCUCUUUCACCGGUGUUCGUGGGUUGUGGAGCUUCAGGACGAAGACAAGGAUAACGAUGGCAACGGCUGAGAUGGGAAGGUUGAUGUAGAAACACCAUCGCCAGGUGACCUGGCUUGUGAAUACACCACCGAGAAUAGGGCCAACCGCAGAUGCUAAAGCCCAAACCAUACCCAAAAUACCAAAGUACAUUCCACGGUUUCGCAUAGAGAAAAGGUCGCUAAUGGCGAUAUUCGGUAGAACGAUGAGACCGCCUCCACCAAUGCCUUGAAUGGCACGCGAAGCGAUGAGCAUUGGCAUGCCAUUGCUAAUGGCACACAGCAGAGAUCCAAUCCAGAAGAUGACAGCUGCAGCAAGAAGAACAGGCUUGCGACCAAAGAUAUCCGAGAUCUUGCCCCAUGUCGGCACGAAUGCGGCGUUGCCCAACAGAUAUGCACUUCCUAUCCAGAUGUAACCCUGACUAGAGUGAAACUCGUUGGCAAUAGUAGGAACGGCUGUGGUAAUAAUGGUCGUAUCCAAAGCGGCAAGGAAGAGCGCAAGACAUAAAGCACCAACUACCAAGAUUGUCUCCGACUUGGUCCGUCCGGCCUCGGGGUCACCGGCCUCAGGUGCUCCGGGAGAUGGGUUACUGCCGGCCGGUGUCGUCUCCGCUCCUUCGGAAGUUGCUUCGGCCGCUGUAGGGUCUUGGGAGUGUCCAUUCGCUGCAUGAGCUCCAUCUCGUUCAACAUCAAGAGUACUAUCUGAGCUAGUCCUCCGCUCUGGUGUUGGUGGUGAAGCGGCCAUUGUUGCGCAAGAAAGCCCAAAAGGCUAGAUGUAAAGAUAAAACCCCUACUUCCCUUCACCUAUUUGAAAUGAUUGAAAGUCGUCGACGUAGUAGCUGUAAAGAUCCUUGUCCGGAAGCCGGCGUUGACCGCAACGGCGAUUGCUAAUCAGGAACCUGUAGUUUUCUCAAUACAGUUAUAUUUGGCUUGGUUACUCUGCGUUCACCUUACGCCAGUGAAAGAUUUUCAUACGAGGAUCCUGGUCAAAAACGGGAGAAAGAGAUUGAGUUGAGUUGUUGUAGUCAAGUGCAUUGUGAUCCUUUCUCCGAAAACGGGGACCACGCACGCAACAACCAUGACUACCGUAUUCAUUAAUUAAAUCCGAGGCGCGAGGGCGAGGCCAGGAACUUUUUCGAGCAAUUCGGCAAAAGGAGCCGUCUGGUCUCUUGGAGGGUGGAGAAAUAAUUCCAC